AGCAGGCACGGAAACAGACAUGGAGGUAGGCACGGAGACAGACACAGAAACGGGCAUGGAGACGGACACAGAAAUGGGCAUGGAGACAGGUGCGGAGGCAGGCACAGAGACAGGUGCAGAGGCGGGGACAGAAGUACAAGAGGUACCUAUAGGGUCAGUAAUCUGGAAGGAGACAGACAUAGAAACAGGCACAGAGACAGGGGCAGAACAUGAUGACGGAGUCUGUGUGGACGAAGUGGUUUGUGAAUUAGGAAGAGGGGUAACGGAUGGAGACAAAACUAGGGGAGGUAGGAGUGGUGAAGACAGGGGUGGUAGAGUAGUCGGAAGGUGGGUAACAUACGGCGAUAAAACCAGGGGAAAUAAAGGCGGUGAAGACGGGGGGGUUGAAGUCAGGGGUGGCGAAGUGGCUGAAGCAGAGACAGGGGGGGGAGUUGUAGGUGAGACCCAAAGAGGGGACUUUGCAGGUGGUGAUGCAGGCAUGGCCACAGAUGCCAUGGAGGAACGCGCCGAGACCAAGGGCGACACAACAGAUGCGGUGGUCACGGAUGCCAUGGAGGAACACACGGAUACCAAGGGCGACACAACGGCUGCAGUGGCCACGGAUGCCAUGGAGGAACACACCGAGACCAAAGGCGAUACAGCAGUUGAGGGUCGAGUUGCUCCUGCGGAAUCAAUCGUAGAAGCAACAAAGGCCGAUGAGGAAGAGGCUGCAACCCGACAAGGGUCAGCCAGGGUCACAAACAUCAUGGAAGGGGUUACUAAGGCUGAUGAGGACGCAGGUGCAGCAGACGCAGGUGUUGAAGAAGAGGUUGUGAUAGGUGUGACAGGCGCCGAUAAUGAAGAAAGGGCUGUGACAGGCAGUUUGUUUGGACGAAGUGGUUUGUGGAUUAGGAAGAGGGGUAACGGAUGGAGACAAACCAGGGGAGGUAGGAGUGGUGAAGACAAGGGUGGUAGAGUUGUCGGAAGGUGGGUAACAAACGACGAUAAAACCAGGGGAAAUAUAGGUGGUGAAGACGGGGGAGAUGAAGUCAGGGGUGGUGAAGUGGCUGAAGUAGAGACAGGGGGGACAGUCGUAGAUGAGACCCGAAGAGGGGAUUCUGCAGGUGGUAAUGCAGGCAUGGCCACGGAUGCCAUGGAGAAACGCACCGAGACCAAGGGCGACAAAGCAACUGCGGUGGUCAUGGAUGCCAUGGAGGAACACACCGAGACCAAGGGCGACACAACAGCUGCGGUGGCACCGGAUGCCAUGGAGGAACACACCGAGACCAAGGGCGACACAGCAGUUGCGGGUGGAGUUGCUCCCGCGGAAUCAAUCGUAGAAGCAACCAAGGCUUAUGAGGAAGAGGCUGCGAACCGAAAAGGAGCAGCCGGGGUCACAAACGGCAUGGAAGGGGUUACUAAGACUGAUGAGGACAUGUUGAACUUAGUGACAAUGGCAAUUGGUUUAUCUCUAAGAUGUGUCAUUUGCUUUCUUCCUUUGUCUUUUCUUUGACCUUUCUCUUUCUCUUGCCUCUGUUAGGUCUGGUUUCCUCCUUUUCUUUACCUCGUUGCCUUUUGGCUGCGUGCAAGUGGGUC